CCGCAAUUAAUCCUGACAACAGAAACCCUAUAGGUGUCGUUGAAAAGGGGAAACAACCAAUCGCUGACAUGGAGAACUUGUUGUACGCUCCUUUGCAAACUUCCAAACAAAGAAAGGAGGUAUCUAUGGUCACCCAUGAUGCAGAAGAUCUCUAUGGAGAGAAGACGAUGUUUUCUGCCGAUGAUGCCGACAUAGAUGUUACACACAGUCAAACUGUUAUGAUUACCAAUGAUUCAGACUUGCCCUAUCAAGAUGGUGUGAUGCUCCCUACCUGUGCGAACAUCGAUUUCUUUAUGUCCAUGGACAGGAAAAAAGCUGAGCCAUGUACUUUGCCUAAAAUCUCUUCCUCGUCAGUGCGCCAUUUUGAUCUGGAAUUUGAAAAACCCCUAGCCAACUUUUCUAAGCAGAGUUUGCCCAAGGACAAUUAUAUGCUAGACAAAGUGGGACAAAGUGUUUCGAUUCAAUCAAAGGAUGUCCAUUGUCCAGAUGAUUCCUCUCAAAACGACUCAAAGGUGACUGGACCACCUGAAGGCUGGUCUCCCAAUCACUCUGGAAGUCGAGAAAACCUUGGUGACCAUUUUAAGAACAGAUUACAUGGAUUGACUGCUGGAACUAUUCCUAACUUUACCUCUACCUUUUCUAGAUCCAUGUUUUCAUUAGAUGGCAAAGUCACCAGAGUGUCUGACCUCAACGAUCAAUUGGAUGCAUCACAAAAUGAUGUGAAAUCUACACCACUUUCAGUGAAUAAGAAUAGCCCUGGGAAUGCUAAUGCAUUUAGUGCAUCACCUGAAUCAGCGACAAUGCAAAAGAACGAUGGUUCUGACCUCAGCCAAGAAAACUGUUCUUUGUCAUGUGGAUUAGAAAGCGCCCCAUGCAUUACAGCUGCAGUUGAUGGAGUUGAUGAUACCUCUUCUACCAAGUCUAGACGAUUGAGUUUGGCGGAUCUACGAUUUAAAAUAAGGCGCAUGAGCCGCCUGCUCGAUGAACCCACAGAGAGGAUUGCUGUAGACGUUUGCGAUGCACCCUUGUCUCAACCCAAAUCGGCCUCAGACGGAAUCUCUGAUAAAACCCACUUGACUGCCCUACAACAUAAUCCUGAAACACAGACGACAGACAAUGCAGACUAUACACAACCAGAACAGUCCGCUGAAGAGCAACAACCCUGUGUAACUGCUCCUCUGAAGUUGAAUAGAAGAAGCCUCUCAUCCAGACUGUCAAUGGGAAACCUUUUGCCCAAACGCCCACGCAGAAGUUGCAGGUCGCCUGGGAGAGAACACGAUUACGAAGUAGACAGACAUCAGCUGAGCAGCGGCAUGAGUGACAACAUUGUCGAUGAAGUUCUUCCUAACAUCAGCAGUGAAGAGGAUACGUCUAUGGUCAACGAGAAUCCACAAUCCACCAAUGAAGAUGGUAGUUCACUUCAUGGGCGACACUUGCAAGGUACGUCAGAGGAAGUAGUAUGGGAACUGUUGCCUGGUCAUCCAAGUGACUCUCAGUGCGAGAAAACUUCACCAGUAGAUGGCGAAGACAUGAUGGCGGCAGAAAAAAGGAGGAGGAUCUCUUCGGAAAGCAACAUAGAAACGCCGAACCAGUCCCCAGAGAAAGGAAAGUGUAUUGGCACAUUUCCUUUGACUCCAGCAGUCAUGGCCAAGGCUAAAGAUGUAUCUAAGCGUAGCACAUCCCAGCUCAGAUCUGAAACAACAUUUGAAUCAACUCUCAAACAAAGCUUGUUUGAAUCCCAGCUUGAAGGCCAUAUGGACUAUACCAAUGAUUUCCAGAAGAACGUUGAGGAUGAAAGCAUAACGGUAUCUGAGUUCUUUCAACUCCUAAACAUCGAUUUUGUCAUUCACAAUCCUCGACAGAGCAUCCUUCCGGGCAAGCUUGCAUCCCAUCUGGGCCACACGCCAGAGAACCUGCUGAAGAACCGGCACAUUCACCAUCCCAAGCAGAUGGUGUAUGAGGCUGAGCACAAGAACCUUGCAGAGAAGGUUGAGAGGUUAAAGGCUCGAAUGAAGGACCAAGCAAGACUUUUACACACUGUCAACCAACCUCUUUGGGAAGAGUUGAAAUGUUUUUCAGAGGAUGAACUGAAAAUAUUUGGUUCGAAGAUGAAGGAGAGAAUUUACUUUUUCCAGAAAAGAAGCAAGGCUCAGUCGCAUGAAAUGAAAGAGGCUCUAUAUUCAAAUCUCCUACAGGCUAAUCUGGAGGAACGGCAGAGGUUGCGAGGGAAGACGGAGGAAGCAGACGGGAUGCUGAAAAGUUUGGACGACUGCAUCCAGGAACUAGAAACAGAACUUGCAGCAGUUGAAGAAAACGGUUCAGGAUUGGAGAAAGUCACAAUAGAGAUUGCUGAAAAGGAAAGACAAAUGUGUGAAAUGGAAGUGCAGAAGAAGUGCAACGUGGACCAGGUGAAAAGGCUUCAAGCGGAGAUUCAGGAUUUGAAUGGCCAUUUCACACUGCUGCACAGGCUGAAUGAGUGGAAGCUGGCAGAGAGAAGGGCCGACUAUGACGUCUACUCCUUCCUCUAUGGAUCGCUGCUUUUAGAAGUGGUCUUUGAUACAGGCGCCGGUGAAGGACGCGAUGAGAGGAAUAUCUUGGACAUCAAUUUCAAGCUGGAAUUAGAUGAGGAGAAGUCGGAGUGCCAUGCCCGUCUUGUUCACUCACUCGUGUCAGAGUACACCAGCGGACAAAGCCACUGGGUGGGAAAAUAUCUUAGCAGUCGAUGCGUCCCUAAGCUGCUGCAUGACGUGGCCCUGGUGGUGAGCCGCCUCCGGCUGCUGGGCGAGGAGGUGCGGCGCCUGAGGGACUGGGGAUCUGUGACGUUCAAGAUCUCGGACAUCCGCUGUGUGGGCAAGCGUGUUCACAUCGUCUUCAGCAGCCUGGAGGCCAUGGUUGAGUUUGAGUUGUCACUGGCAGUCACGAUGGCCUACCCCUGUUCUCCACUCCAAUUGCAGGACUUCAAAAAUCAUAUUGGAUCGACUAGCGUACGCCGCCUUGAAGAAAUUGUGUCAUCAGUAUCUCCAGACAAAAACUACCUGACCAGAAUUGUCAAGGCUAUUCAUGCUGCGGUGCAUUCAUGAAGCUCUACUGCUGGCCUGCUUCCACUCUGGUCAUGCUUCACUGUGGAAUUGUGCAGAUAACUAAAAUAGAUUAGAACAGGGGUCUUCAACGUUUUCCACGCAAUUAAAAUAAAAUCUCUAAUCAAUCAAAACGUUCGCGACCCCCCCUGCAGUACCUCCGUGGACCCCCUGUUGGAGACUGGAGACUGUUAAUGUCUUGUAUGUAGCUUGUGAUUCAGCUUCUUUACCUUCUCUCUUGUUAAUAUCUUUUUCUAUAAUAAAAGUUUUUCUCAGCUAUUAGAAAUAUCUGGUUUAUUUUUAACUUUACAAGGAAAUCGAUUACUUAAAACCUUUUUGUCUUAACUAAUAAGAGAUCGCAGUCCCCACAAAUGAUUGGGAAGGCAUAGCAAAUUAUUAUCAAUGUUGCUCAUGUUUCCUAAAUAAACCUUGCAUCUGAGAA